GCUUCAUUUGGCUAGAGUCCUGGUGCUAGCUGGGAUUACAAUUGAUGUUUACUUUGUGUCAAAUUAACACAUUUUCUUUUGUUUUACUUAUAUAACAGUCAAACAGUGUUUAGCAUCAUCUUGUCAAAUUGCAUCGGUUUGCAUCAGUUUCUAUGGGUGACUUUUAAUUUGAAGGCGAAAUGCAUUCCGCUAUUGUUGUCCACAGCACACUGGUCUAUGAAACACUGACAGGUGAGAAAGGGCGACCGAAGGACUAACAACAGCGUUAAUGAAACUUUGUUGCUGAUUUCGUUAUGGGGAUGCCAUACGCCAUGUUAAGAUAAAGGCGACUGUGUUUAACAUGCUUAAGCGGUUGGACAAAAUCCGGUUCCGAGGUCAGCGGACAGAUGUGUUUCUGGAUCUGGGCGACUCGCCCAACACUUCUGACACUGAAUGUAGUGAAGAGAUUCUGAUGAAGCCUCGGCCCUCACUUGAAAUGAAAGACACUGAAGAAGUGCAAGACCCUGCUGGUCCAGGGACACUUACUAUGCCUGCUGCAGCCAUCCAGGACUACCAGAGGACUGAGACAGAUCGACUCAAUGACUUGAAAGGCCACCUGGAAAUUGCGUUACUGGAAAAGCAUUUUCUACAGGAAGAGUUGAGGAAACUUCGAGAAGAGACCAACAUAGACACUCUGAAACAGGAGUUGGAGAAAGAGAGAUCGAAGAGGCUGGACUUGGAACAGAAACUGAACUUGGAAGUUCUCAAAAUGGGACCGGAGGAUUCCCCAUCACAGCGACCCAGAGAAACACCUCCACCUCCCACUGCCAACGGUACAGACAAGCAGAAGGAGACCAUGUACUCAUGGCUGCAGGCGUGGCUGUACAACCGGUUUGGAGCGUACAUCGGGGACUUUCGUUUCCAGCCGGAGGAGAACACAGUGGAGCCAGAGGAGCCGCUAAGCGCUAAGAGAUUGACUGAAAACAUGAGAAGACUCAAGCGGGGUGCCAAACCUGUCAUAAACUUUAAGAGGAACCUUUUUGCCUUAUCCAGCUGGCAAUCAGUGUAUACGUCAGCCUUCGCCUUCAUUAUCUAUAUGAAUGCAGCGUGGCACGGUUGGGCCAUCCCCAUGUUUAUCUUCCUAGCCAUUCUAAGGUUGUCCUUGAAUUACCUCAUUUCCAGAGGUUGGAGGAUCCAGUGGAGUAUUGUGCCCGGGGUCUCUGAACCUGUGGAACCACCAAAGGAGGAUCUGACUGUUUCAGAGAAGUUCCAGUUAGUUCUUGAUGUAGCUCAAAAAGCACAGAAUCUUUUUGGAAAGAUGGCAGAUGUCUUGGAGAAAAUAAAGAACCUGUUCAUGUGGGUGCAUCCUGAGUUUACUCAGAAGCUUUACGUUGGUCUAUGGGUGGCCUUGAUCUGCUCCUGUCUCAUCCCCUACAAGCUCAUGGGCUUUAUGAUUGGGCUGUAUGCAGGGAUCAAGUUCUUCAUUAUCGACUUCAUGUUCAGGAGCUGUCCCAAGCUAAGAGACAAGUAUGACACGCCCCACAUCAUCUGGACCAACCUGCCCACUGACCCCCAGCUGAAGGAACGCGGGGGUGCGGCAUUGUCCAGACGGCUCUCUGGGUGUGAAAAGAUCCAUCCGACGGUAGCUCAUGGCAGUCUAGGAACAGCCUUACCAUGUGGUAUCAGUCUAGAGGAACAGACUGGCAGGGCCUACAAUACUAAGAAGGGGGCUUUCCACGAGGUCUUCAAUCUUUCCGGGGAUGAGCGCCCCCUAGCAGUGUGUGAGAAUGGCUGGCGAUGCUGCUUGAUCAACAGGGACAGGAAGAGUCCCACAGACUACAUCCGUAACGGGGUGCUCUUUGUCACUGAAAAUUACCUUUGCUUUGAAGGCUCAAGCUGCAGGUCAAAUUCCUCUAGAAAGAACAAAGUUAUCAAACUGAUUGACAUCACUGAUAUUCAGAAGUACAAAGUCUUGUCUGUAUUACCUGGAUCUGGAAUGGGAAUCUCCAUAGCAACACCGUCCACCCAGAAGCCGUUGGUGUUUGGUGCCAUGAUCCACAGGGACGAGGCCUUUGACGCCAUCUUCACACAGUAUACGAAGAAAGUGACCAUGACCACAGCCACCAACCCUGAGACCUAACAUAUCAAAAUGGCUGCCUUCACUAGGGAUGUCCUAUACUGACACAGCGAGUUCUCUAUGUAGUACACUGCUACUGGCCAAUUAGUAUAUCUGCACGUAUGUUAAGCUAGUGUCCAUGCCAAGGUGGUGGAUUCCUCCACCAAGCCACAUUAGGUUAGUAUGUGAGGAUGGUAUCCACUUGAUCUGAGGCCUGGUCCAUCACUAUAGAGCCCAAGGUCUUCUUAUCCUCUCAUUGAUAACCACAACUCCUCAUUAGGUCUAACUAAGGAACUACAACUCCUGGACCCGCACACCAUCGCUGCCUCCUACUGGUUCGGUCGAGGCUAUUGCAUCCAGGGAAGUAGCCUAUAGAGCCUAGAGACACCCUUGUCUUGAUUUGCUGUUGUUCUGUACUCGGGUAAUAGCUUUUCAAUUCUAUCUCUCUUUUGUUGUCAGUUUUUUUUUUUUGUGCAUGCGUGCGAGAAUGUGUGCUGCUAAAAAGCGUGUGUGUGUGUGGUGGGGGGGUGAUCAUUUUAUGGUCAACACUGUUGUGCUGUUUCAGGAGGAGGCUGGAUCUCUUUGCCCAUCUGACAGGACAGCCUGGCACUCCCAUUUUGUGUAUCACACACAUUGAUGCUCUUUGCUCUACUUAAUGCUCUCCUUCAGUAGGAUGUAUUUGGUUUGAUAUAGAUAUCAUUGGUGGCCUUGCACAGGUCUUAACUCACAUUUUGUAAAGUGCACCAGAAACCACGUUUAUGAAAACCUCAAGCCUUCAUGUUCCCAGAUAAUGAAUGUGCUUUAGAUAUCAUUUCUGCAAUAGCCUUUAGGUGUAACUGUUUUAUUUAGCCUUUUUUUCUGAGAGUGGAGGGACGGAACGGGAAUAAUUUAAUGAUGGGCAGCCAAAAGUCAUUGUAGUCAAUAUCUUUCUCACACACAUUGUUGUCUUGGCAAAGAAAAGGUAUGGAUUUAAAUUUCCAUGUUAAGGAGUCAUGAUGCUUUCAUAAGCACCGCAUAAACAUUACCCUGAAGCCUCAGAGUAUAUUAUGUAGAACAAUAAUCUCCCGAAGGAAGGGGGUAAUGUAGCAUCAUUUACCCAACACCUAGCGACCUUGUCAAGAUGUUCAGAGCUCUUGGCGUAACGGUUAAGGUGUUGGCUACAAUAUGUUCUAGUUGAGCACAUGCUAGGGAGGCUAACUGGACAUUUGCUUGAUGUCUUUUAGUCUACACCAAGUAACUUAGGUAUCUCACUCUCCAAGCCCCUCGAAAAAGUUAGAUAUACUUAAGAAGCACAGUAUGUACUGUAUGUAUGCCAAAAUGUUUUCUUCAUUUCACUGCUUGUCAUUUAGUUCUUUCACCCUAUAUCUGUAACGUUUACAGAUGUUAGGUUCUAAACUCCACUGCUUUAAGUCAGUUUGAUUCCUUGUAAGACUAUGAGGUCAUGAAGACUGACCGGUACGUCUUGUGAUGGAGAAAUUCUGAAUGCUGAUAAACCUGAGUGGUCACAUCUCAGCCAAUCAAAAACUUCCCCUCGGUUUAGCCACACUCUUUGCAAGUGGAUGGUGAAUUGAAAGGUGUUAAUUCGUGGAGUCAUGUUGCUUCCAAAUCUGUUUGAAUCAGCACUGUCUGAACAAUGUCAAUUUAUGGCAUGGCCGUCAACUUGAAGAUGGAAAGUAAUCAUUAUAGUACCGUGUGUGUCCUAAACCAUCGAAGGUGUUGUAAAAUAUAAAUAGCCUCGCUAAUAGAUCAUGCCCUUGUUGAUCGAUCAUCCUUUUUGUCGCUUGCAAAUUCCCAGUAUGAUGGCAAUGGCUUCACCAAGUCCAGUUUGUUGUGUUGCAGCCUGAAUUCAAAAUGGACAAAAACAAAACAUUUUCUCUCACCCAUCUACACACAUUACCCCAUACAUGACAAAGUGAUAACAUGUUUUUAGAAAAUGUUGCAAAUGUAUUGAAAUAAAAUACAGAAAUAUCUGAUUUACAUAAGUAUUCACACCCCUGAGUCAAGACUUUGUAGAAGCACAUUUGGCAGUGUUUAUAGCUGUGAGUCUUUCUGGGGUCUAUAAGUCUAUAAGCGCUUUCCACACCUUGUUUGUGCAACAGUUGGCAAUUUUUUUGUUUUUUUGUUUACCUAUCUACCAAUAAGUGCCCUUUGCGAGGCAUUGGAAAACCUCCCAGUCUGAUGUCGAAUCUGUAUUUGAAAUUCACUGCUCGAAUGAGGGACCUUAGGCUUGCUAUAACAAAGGGCUUGAAUACUUUUUGACCCAAGACAUUUCAGCUUUUCAUUUUUUAUUAAUUUGUAACAAUGUCUAAAACUUUGACAUUAUGGAGUGUUGUGUGUAGGCCAGUGACAUAGACAUGUUGUCCUUUUUAAAUUCAGGCUGUAACAACAAAAUGUGGAAAAAGUCUAGGUGUGAAUACUUUCUGAAGGCACUGUAUUUCUUUUAAAUCAAAGUACUUGUUUGCUAAUUCAUUUUUCGUAAUACUUCCCAAUCAAAAUGUAACUGUUUAGGAACGAUAACCAGUUACAGUAGGUGUGAAUACUUCUUUGUUAUCUGCCUUCCCAAAAAAUUGUACAUAUGAAAUUUUGUAAUGAACACAUUUUAAACCCCUGUAAAGUUUUUAAAGAAAAUGGUUUUAUUGUAAAAUGUUAUGAACAUUUUCACUUAAGUAAACACAUUUUAAAGUAA